CUCCAGUGGACGUCCGUACGCUCGUGCGACGUAGCGGGGCCUGAGCCACCGGGAGACCGAGAAAGCGCCACUGGGAGGAGUAGGCGGUGCCAACGUGAACAUGACGUGCGGGAAUAAAUAAUCCGGGAAGGAUUUAGAAUAGUGCUUUCUCCAGUCUCUGGGUCUCUGGAGCAGUAAAGAUGACACAUAGGACAAGUGAACGAGACUUACAAUCCUCUGCAAGAAGAAUGGGCACCUCACUCCUUUUCCAAUUGUCGGUACAUGAGCGAGAGUUGGACUUGGUAUUUCUUGACCACAGCUAUGCAAAACCUUGGAGUGCCCAUCCGGAUGCCAGUAAUGCCCGUCCCACUCGUACUCUUUUUAUUACUCCACGAAGACAACAAGAAAGUGCAGUUGAAGCAGAUGUCCCCAUUGAUGUGGAGACUGUUCCUCCAACACCCAUGCCGUUAUAUGACAACCAAAAGGCAAGAAGUGUUAUGAGUGAGUGUGAACGUCAUGUGAUUUUUGUGCGCACAGACACUGAUGCUCCUCCACCACCUGAUGAUUGGGAAGAUCAUGUUAACAGAACUGGCUGGACAACGUCUCAGAAUAAACUUUUUAAUAAGAUUUUGAAAGCUCUUCAAUCUGAUCGUCUUGCUCGACUCGCUAAUGAUGGUGCAGUUAAUGAGCCAGUACUGAGAAGGAUUGCAGUAGAUAAGUGUGCCCGUCGUGUACGACAAGCUUUGGCCUCAGUUGGUUGGGAUACCAAGUUGGUUCAGUGGCUACAUACUACUCUUGUGGAGACACUUAGCUUGCCCUUGCUUGCUGCAUAUCUUGAUGCAUUGCAGACACUGAAAGGAAAGAUCCCAGCUCUUAUUGACCGCAUGCUCCUGGCAUCCACUGUCAGGGCAGGAGGUGCUAGCGCAGAGGCAUUAUCUUUGCUAUUGAAGAGACCAUGGGACCCAGCAAUUGGAGUAUUGUCUCACAACAAACCUAGCAAGCUUCCAGGCCCCCCUCUAAUCCUGAUUGCUCCAUCAGGACCCACAAAUUCUAUAUUCCCUACUUCACGACGACACAGAUUCUGGCAAUCCCAGCUCUCUUGCUUGGCCAAGGUUAUUCCUGUUGGCUCCCAACUGGUAAACAGUGGCGUUGGACUAACCUCUUUACAGUGCCUGGAAAACAUGAUUGCUGGAUUACGGGGAAAAGUUAUUGAGGUCCACAACCAUUUUCCUCACAAGCCUGUCAUUUUGAUUGGGUGGAAUACAGGAGCUUUAGUUGCCUGCCAUGUUUCUCUUAUGGAAUAUGUGACCGCAGUGGUGUGUUUGGGUUUCCCUCUGCUCACUAUUGAUGGACCAAGGGGGGAUGUUGAUGACCCUCUGCUUGACAUGAAAACACCAGUACUUUUUGUGAUUGGCCAGAACUCUCUUCAAUGUCACCCAGAAGCAAUGGAGGACUUUCGAGAGAAGCUCCGAGCUGAUAACAGUUUAGUCAUUGUUGGAGGAGCUGAUGAUAAUCUUCGAAUAAGCAAAAUUAAGAAGAAAAGUGAAAGCCUGACGCAGAGCAUGGUGGACCGAUGUAUUCAGGAUGAGAUUGCGGACUUCCUUACGGGGGUCUUAACACGAGCAGAUGGCCAUUCUGGCUCUGAUCCACGUGAUCUUGAUGCAGAGAAGAAGAAAAAGCCAAGAGAGUUCCUGAGGAGAGAUUUAUCACUUGAUUUAUCAGAAAGGAACAGCAGGCCAGCCUCCCCUGCAGCACGUUUCCCUGCUUCCCCUUCUGGUUCUGAGGACUUGUCUAGCAGUCCAGCCUCCAGCCCUAAAACCAAGUUAACUGCAAUCCCCUCCUCUCAUAAACCGGGACAGACAACUGUGCCUUUAAAGACCCAAAUACAAAGACCAGGAGCCACUGUAAAUCCUAAGCAAGCUCAAGCACAGUUUGCUGCUUUCCUAAAACAGAACAUGUUAGUGAGAAAGUCUCUCCCAACGGGCUCUCCUUCCUGUGUAUUUGUCCCUGUGUCUUCAGAAGCUUCAGAGGAUAAAGAUGAUCUAAGAGGACAGCUAAAAAGGCCUCCUAGCCCUGGAAGUAACGCUGGAGUAAAGCCCUCAAAGCGUGCCAAAAUCAAAGUGACCAUUGUCUCCCAUGGAGACUCUUCAGGAGGAGGGAACACCAGUUCACAGGAAGCUUCAAAGUCUUCACCUGCAGCUAUAAUUGGGCAGUCUCCAGUGAAUUCCAAAGAGAUGACCAGCCUUCUAACAUCCCCCAAAUUGAUAUCUGAAAAUGCCCCAUCCAGUGGUGUCUCUUCAGCUCUGAUCCCCAAUACAUCUGCCCCUAGUGCAUUUCACUCCAUUCAGAGUCGACUAGCUUCCAGUAUUUCUCCUGGUGUGCAACACCAACAGUCAGGAUCAUUGACAGGCACAAAUUCUGGAACCUCUGCUAGCAGCCUUCUCCAAGGGUUGAGUUUCAGCCUUCAAGAUAUAGGUGGUAAAUCACCUUCCCUCCCCAACACUACAGCCAACACUGGAUCUACCACACAGACAAUGACUGUUAAAGCUCCUGCCCCCCUCCAAGGAUUGGCAACUAUCACUACAGGAACUGGCACAAUCCUGCGCACUAUACCUGUAGUCACUGCUUCUUCCUCACUUGUGGCAUCAGCUGGUGGGAAACCUACUGCAAUUCAUCAGUUGCUUACAAAUGGAGGCCUAGCAAAACUGGCUAGUAGUAUCCCUGGCCUGGCACAGUUAUCCAGUCAGUCAACAGGUUUAAAAGCACCAACCACCAUCACAGUCACCCUCCGUGGUCAGCCAGGUCGUGCAGGCACGCUCAGCCAGGCUAAUAUGGGAGCCAAACAAGAUGAUGUCUCCCAACAGGCAAUAGAGUCUUCCACCACCACGGUGUCUGCUAGUAAACUUCUCCCCCCUCUUGUGACAGAGCAGUGCAAGGUAGCAACAUCCAGCGACAGGACACCUGGGGAAAAAACAUUGUCAAUAGUGCGUGCUGUGACGCCUCCAGCAGUAACUACAAGUCCACCGAAGACACUGUACGUCAUGUCGGAUGCCAAACUUUCUGCACUUACCAAAUCGGUGGGCAGCGACAUGAAUUCUCUGCCCCUAAAACCUAUGACUUUACAAAGUUCCUCAGCGGUCACCCCUGGAGCGGUGACCUUUUCUACUCCAUCUCUUGCCAGCACAUCAAAUCCAGCCUGCACAGUGGUGCUGUCGAAGAUUGGCUCGGUUUUGCAAGCUUCUCCUAAAACUGUUAUUUUGACAAGGACAGAAGCAAAUGAUAAAACAGGAAACCACCUAAGUGCUGUGGAGAGCUUGGGCAGGGUACCAUCUGUCGUCGAUGAGGGCAGCACCAUAAUUCACAGCCGAGAAUCACUGGUCAACAGGCAGCUUCUGCAACCUGCUUUAAUAGCAUUGUCUGGCUCUAGUAAUAUGGUUCAAAGUCCUGGGACCUCAGCCAAUCAGAAAACACAAUGACUACCCGCUUAGUAAUGGGAAACCUAAACAA